GUAGUGUGUAUCUACUUUGUUUCUCCGUCCCCCCCUCCUUGAUAGAUAAUUUUGACACAAUAGGUAAGAACAAUCAUAAAAAAUGGUAAGUGAUCAGAAGGGGGUGUUCACUCAGCGUCGCCGAUCGAAAAUGAGCAUCCCGUGGAUAGCAGCACUUUUGUUGGCAACAAGUUGGACAAUCGUGACGUCGGACUACAAUGAAGAGAUUUGCAAAGUCAUUAAAGAAAGUUAUGGUCCAUUACCUCCACCUAUACCGAAGGACUUCGAGGCUCGUAGAGAAUUCGUCAACUAUAUGGACAAAGAUAUAGUCUAUGAAGAAACCUACUAUGACUUUACGAACUCUCGCGCGAAGCAUGUCAUAUUGACAAACGGUUAUGAGAAACACUACAUUUUGGAUUAUAAAAAUCAACAAGUUAUAGCCUAUGACAGACUUCAUCCAUACGAUGACAUUAAAAAAGAUCCCCUGUCUCACGUUUGCACAACCAUUGAUUUGGAAGACUUUACAUCUGACUUCAGUUCUACGGGUCGUGGAAUCAGUAUGCGCCCAUCCAGUUUUGAACUAGAGUUUGGAGGAAAAUACCCGUACGCUUUUAAUGGAACUGAUAGAAUGAAACAGCGUGGUCUUUUGACGGAUAAAUUCAUUGGCUGUGUCUAUCAAGAAACUAUUGAUGCAACGAUGAAUAUUUCCUACUUGUUCACAAGCAAAAGUAAUCUAGGUGUUGGGACAGCAGCUGGAACAAAGGAAGGUGAUGUGACAGGUAUAGACAACGGAUUUCUCUCUGUACCUGUGAGAGCUGACAUUUAUGGGUCUUCGUCCAGUAGUGAGACUGAAGAUAUAUUGUACUUCAACAGGACGGUUAAUUACUUUUGGUUCAAAGGAGAGCCAGAAUUCAAAAUGGACACUUUUAAGAUUCCUUCUUAUCUGUAUUGCGAAGGCUAUAGAGGAAUAAAGGAUAUGCCUAGAUUCCCCACAGCAUUCUCAACUAGAGUCCAAAGAACAGUACUGAGUACUGACAUAUUAGGAAAAGCAGCCACAUCUGAAAUCACUUCCUUUGAAAAUAUAGUUUAUUAUCAAGAAAAGAAACUUGCUAGAAGAGAUUUCACUCCGGGACCUGUGGACACUGACAUUAAAUCAGCGUUUGAAACAAUGUCACCAGUACGAACUAUUUAUGACUUUUCUGAAGGUAUACUGUAUACUUCCAACAUAGCAACGGGAAGAUGUUUCAUCCGACCCAUCAGGCACGCUGAUUACAUGGAAGCUAACGAGGAGGGUAAUCUUUACAUAAAUUUGGCAACACCAGAACACAUAUUCCAGAUGGAGACUGACAAAAUGGAAUAUAAAGGAAAUGAUUUUACAAGAGACAUUGAAUGUGAUGUAUGGGCUGGUUUAUACUUCGAUAAGAAUUUUAAUGCAACAUUUGUGAAAGAAACUUAUAUUUCAACAAAUGGGUGGCACGAAUCAGCCGAUGAGAAAGAAGAAUUUGGAGUACCAGUGAAACAUUCAAUUAUACAAAAAGAAUUGGAUGGUGAACUGAGAGAAGGUGUUACAUCUUACAGUUUUCUUAAAUUCAAGGCAAAGCCUCCUCUUCUGAGGGAUUUCGAUGUCAGCAAUUGCAUUGAAACUCAAAAUAAAAUGGAUUUUGCCAUUAUCCUCUACAUAACAGAUGCAACAGAAAACCUCCUUUUAAAGUACAAGUAUCAGUUCCUGGAUACAGUUCAGUACUAUAUAAAUAAUGCAGCACAAUUAAUGUCACCCCUCCGAGUACAAAAUGUUCAAUUUAGGAAACUAUCUAUAAGCAAAAAUUUCCCAGUUAUUCUUUUCACUCUGGUCGAUAAAAUAAAGUUGAAAUCAAACAUUCCUUUCGGACAGCGUGGUGCUUCCUUGGACGAAGCUGUUGUAUUUCUCCGAAAAUUUAUUGACCAAAAUCAAUUUGCGAUCCAAUUCAAGCCACCAAAGUCACAGGAGAGUGUUCUUGUCCCUGCCUUCAAAGGAAAUCUUUAUGUACGAAAGUCAAAUGGAGAUUUGACCUAUUUCGCUCCGGUACCAGAAGAAAUUCCGUCAGAUGUUUCGGAGGAAAUCGAAGAAUAUCUGAUGCAUGAUGACCCUGCAGAUCUGAAUAAUGUCAAUGAUGAAGGAAUGACCUCGGGUUCCUUAACAUUACUUAGUUUUGCUAUGGUGUUUAUUGGAAUUGGUAUUGGUGUCUGCAUAAUGAUUCUAUAUCAAAGAUAUAGAAGACAAUCUGGUCUGGAAGACAGAAUUCAACUCUCACUGCAAAAGUCACACGACGGAAGUCAGAACGUGGGUUUUGCAGAAGGAACUCAUUAAAUGUGAACAAUAAAUUCUGUACAUACUUUCACCAAUUAAAGAUAUAUUUUUAAAAACAA